UCUCUGCAUUAUGGCGCUACACUCAAACUCAAGCUCUGUAUACGUGGCGCUUCUUUUCAUUAUAAACUAUAUAUGUAUUAACGUUACUGCGGGCAGUGGAUUAUCAUCCGAGAGUUCGUCUGGACUUUUACCCCCCUACGAUGAGCUCUAUUACCGCGGGGUUCGGGCGUACUUUAGCGAGGAUUGGGAGCGCGCGGCGGAGUUUCUGGAGAAAUCCAUUUCCACUCGAUACAAACUCCUGCGGAUAAGACGGAAAUGUCACGACGAGUGUUUAACAGCAGGAGAUGACAAAAUAUCAGAACAAGACAAAGAGGAUAUGAUUUUCUGGGACCUGGGGGUUCUUGAGUGGAUCCAGGUACGAGCUGAGUGUGUGCAGUUCUGCUUGAGUCGAAGCGUCUCUCCUGCUGCGCUGCUUCCCGUGUCUUCAGACAUUGAGUAUGAAUUUGGAACACGAAACCCUUACAACUACCUCCAAGUCACCUACUAUAAGUUAAAUAAAAUGACCAAAGCAGCUUCAGCAGCUCACACAUUCUUUGUGGCUAACCCGAGUCACCUGGAGAUGAGGAACAACAUCGAGAAGUACAAGAGGAUGUUAGGAGUGAAAGAGGAAUUUUUCCAGGACAGAGAAAGAGAGCAGGAGCAGCACUGGGAGAUGUAUGAUGCAGCCAUUCAAGCGGAGAGCUCGUCUGAUUGGCUUGAGGCAGUGAAGACGUGGAAGGAGUGUGUGAAUGAGACGCUCAAACAGACUGAAGAGUGCAGAGCACAGUGUGUUACGGCGCCACGGGUCAUUCCUGAAGAACCCGUCACCGUACAAGGCGUUUAUGAGAGAGCUGCAGACCUCUCUCUCUCCUUGAUGUCAUGCCAACAGACAUGUGUGACCUUAGUUUCAACACGACCCGGAAGGGUUUCUGCCAUGGAGGAUUUCCUACCUGUACAGCUUGAGCAUUUACAUAUUGCACAGUUCAAAGCUGGUGACCUGAAGGGGGCAGUGGAGACCCUGCGUUCCUUGCUGCUUUUUUACCCCACAGAUUCAGACAAUCUAAGUAACCUGGAGCUCUACACUCAGACUCUAGAGGGCGAUGCUGAGGCUCAGCAAACAGGUCCCGCAGCGGAAAUUUCCAAGUAUGUGAACAGAGCUUUGCAAGAGAAGAAACUGCUGUACUUUGGAAUGGCAAACUUGGACUUUAAAUUCAGUGACCCGGAUCUGUGGACGCCAGAGGAUGUUGUGCCUGAAUCUUUGAGAGAAAGCUGGAGAGCAGAGAAAGAGAAGCUUCAUGAGAAACUCAAGCAGGGCGACAAAAUGGACGAAGUGGAUGACAGUGGAUUUUAUGCAGGUGGUCCCAUUCCUGUAGCUGGUGUAAGCAUCACUCUGGAUGAUCAGGGCCUGAACGGGACCAAUCGGGUGGUGCUGGAUGGAGUUUUAUCCCAAUCUGAAUGUGAUCGCGUGAUGCAGCUGGCAACCGUUGCGGCAUCAGCGGGUGACGGGUACAGGGGGCGACGCUCUCCUCACACCCCACAUGAGAAGUUUGAGGGUUUGACUGUCCUCAGAGCACUCAAGUUGGCUCAGGGCGGGCUGGUUAACCAAUCAGAUGCCAGGCUGCUGCAUGGGAUCGGGGAGACUGUAAAAGAGCUGAUGGACUCCUACUUCAGAACCCCUUCUCUUCUCUAUUUUGCUUACACACACUUGGUUUGCCGCUCUGCCAUCAGAGGACACCAGGAGGGCCGGUCGGAUCUCUCUCACCCAGUGCAUGUGGAUAACUGCAUCCUGGAGCCAGAAAGCAGAAAGUGCUGGAGAGAAGCUCCGGCCUUCACUCAUCGAGAUCUCAGUGCAGUUCUGUACCUGAAUGAUGAUUUUGACGGAGGUAAUUUCUUCUUCACCGAUCGAGAUGCCAAAACAGUAACAGCAACUGUUAAGCCAAAAUGUGGGCGACUUGUUGGAUUUACAUCAGGCCCUGUGAAUCCCCAUGGUGUUACCGCAGUCACGAAAGGUCGUCGAUGUGCAUUAGCGCUCUGGUUCACCACUGAAAAACACCACAAAGAUAUGGAACGUGAAGAAGCUGAAGACUUGUGGGCUGCAGAUGGACAGAGUGUAGUAAAAGACGAGAAGGCCGAUGGCGAAAGUGCUGUAAAAUCUGCCCGCAGCGGGAGAAGCCAAGGCAAAGAGAAGAGCAAAGACAGAGAACGAGUGACAGGCAGGCGGGAUGAGCUGUAAGAAUGACAGACGAUUAAAGACUAUCAGAAAAGAGACUUUGGUGGACACUGAAUGCCACACUGCUAUUUCACCUGGUCUCUUUGUGAAUCAUAAUUUAUAUUUAUGCCAGACUCUUCCACCUGGUUUUGUUUUUAUAUGUGUGAGUGAGUGUGGUUAUGUGUGUGCAUUUGUUUCAGUAUGUCUGUUUUUUUUUUGUUUUUAGUCAAAUAAUAAAGUAAAGGGGAAUUAUGAGA